UUCGUGGCCCUCCGCUGCACCUGUUCCAGCCGGUCCAUGUCCUUUCUGUGUUGAGGAAUGGGCAUAUACACUCCAAAUAACGCUAUUUUUUUGGCUGUUAAGUAACUUUUAAAAUCAUUCAGGUGCUGACAAGGCAGUUAGGGUGCAAAGAGUUACUUUCUCUCAACUACGUGGUUAAGUUUCCACACAAACUCAACGUGAAAGCACGGCGGGUAGUUCUUAAGGCUACGGCGAGCCUCCUCUAGACUCUUUUUCCGUCUGUUUUCCUCCCAAAUUUCGCUCCGCCGUGCGCCUUCACUUCGGCUCGCCCGUCUGGGUUUUUAAGGAGGACCGUCGGGGGGGCGGGACGGGGUGCGGCGUCGGGGCCGCACCUCCCUCCUCCUUCGCCCGGUUGCCGGCAGGAAACCGGAGCAGUUUCGUUCGGCGCUGCUCCGGCCGGGGCUGGGGCGGCUCACCUACCUCUGGGUGCCGGGGGACGCUGCCAUGGGGCCGUAGGGGGCCGCGGAGCCAUGCGCGGCCCGGCGCUGCCCUGCAGCUCCCUGGGGACGUUUAUCCUAACAUUUGUCUGCGUGUUGACAAAGGAAUCUGUAGAAAUUGCUCCGGUGCCAUAUACACCGCAAGCCCAUCGGGUAGCUUUGGAUGGAGGAGACCCCUCUAGCCCCUUGAGGAGAGAAAAGAGGCAGCUGCAGUGUCCACUAGGACAAUAUCUACAUCCCAGAAAGACCCACUGCUGCAUGAGGUGCCAUGCAGGUACCUACAAGGAAAAAGACUGCGAGCGGCCUGACCAGGCACCUGUCUGUCCUCCAUGUGCUAAUGGCACGUUCACAGCUGUUGAUAACACCAUGCCUAAGUGCUUCGCGUGUAAACAUUGCCGUACAGAAUUCCAGCAGAUAGUAGAGAGCCCCUGCACCCCAAAGCAAGAUACCGUAUGCGGCUGUCGGAAGAAUCAAUAUCAGAUUGGCCAGCAGGAUCACUUCAAGUGCAGGAACUGUAGCUCAUGUGCCAAUGGGAUUAUUGCCAACUGUUCAAAGAACAGAGACACAAUUUGCAGGUGUAAGCCUGGAUUCUUCCUGGCACUUAAUAAUGUUUGCAAGUCUUGCAACAGCUGCAGUGAAGAAGAAUGCCUGCAGUGUCAUAGCCCAGUGACUACCUCACCGACUUCAUCUGGGCUGAAUGGGAGCCUUGUCCUUGGCAUCAUCGUUGCAAUAUUUGGAGUUAUCUCUAUCCUCUACAUUGUAAAUAAAGUAGUGAAGCUCGUCCAAAAAAAUGGUAUAGCAUCAUCUUUCUACUCCUGUGUUUCUUUGCCGCAGACAACCAAGGAGCCAGUAUCGGAGGUUGAGGUGAAAAGAAGUGAAAUUUCCAUCCUUCUUCCUGAGUCCCAGAAGGAAACAGAAUUGUCAGUGAAUGCAGCACCACCACCACCUGCACCCCUGCUGCAAAGUUCACAUGAAUUACCAGACUGUGUCAGACCUGCCAGGAAGACACAGCUUCCAGACAACCCUGCUAUUCUCUACACUGUGGUAGAUCAUGUACCGCCAUCACGGUGGAAAGAGUUUGUGAGGCGGCUGGGUCUGAGUGACUUUGAUCUGGAACGAAUUGAGAUGGAGCAUCGGCGUUUGCGAGAUGCCCAGUAUGAAAUGCUUAGACUGUGGAAACUGCGGAUGGGCCAUGGUGCAACUGUGGAGCACAUCAGCUGUGUUCUCAACCAGAUGGAGCUGAGUGGCUGCAGUGAAGCUAUUCAAGAGGCUUUGCUAAACCAGAACUCUCCUCAACCUUGCAGCCUCCACAGCCACCUUUAAUCUAUUUCUGCUUUAGUUCCCCUAGUUAUGACUUUUAAAAGAGGAUUAUUUCUUCCUUCCUUUCCUGCCUUCCUUUUCCCACACCUCCCUAUCUUUGUAACAUUCCUCACCUGGGUUUGUUGGAGACAGCAGCAGAUGAUGCUGGAGGAAGGCUGAAGUUUGCUUCUCAACCACCAUGUAGUUCAACACCUUUAAGCCAAGACAGGCUUCUGCAACAACUCCUUUCCUGAGGAGGGAAAGCACCUCAUAAAGGAAGUGGUGUGUGGACUCUGACAAAGAUAAAAACAGGAGCUCAGAGUGACUUGAUAGCUCAGCUACUUCUAUGGGCAAGUUCUUGCUGAAACAGGUGGUGCUCGACCCACUAUGUGGUGGGUAAACCUGUAGGGUGACUUGGUUAAGCUGGUUGUUCAGACGGUAAAGUACUCGCUUGCUUUUUGCACAUCUGUUUGGUUUUUUUUCUUUUUUUUUUUUUUUUUGCAAGAUCAGAGCGUUGAACUGGCUCACAUUGCAGCCUUUUGAUUGCUACAUCUGACUCAAGGGAAGUGGUGGGAGGCUCUGCCCGUUCCUGGGAGCAGGAGAGGAUUGCCCUCUUUCGGUAUCAACGAGUUAUUGCUGUGGCAAAAGAGUCAGGGAGCUUCAAAAGUGGUGUCUCUGUGAGAAACAGGAGGAUGUUAUCCUUUCCGCACCCCCGUUUCCCCCUCUUUAUUCAAGAGGAAUAAGGAUUCUGAGCUAGUGAGUCAGAUGAGAGGGUUGGUGCUUUUUUCUCUUUUUUUUUUUUUCCCUGAACCUAAAACCUAUGUAAAAUAGCAUUAACAGAACACCUGCCUGUGUGUUUGUCCAGGUGCAGAGUGGGAAGGAAUGCACAUGUCUGUCCAGCUGGGAAGGUACCCGUGUACCUCGUGGUGUGAGCCCUUCUGCAAAUCUGUGCUUGCACACAGGUCGGUAGGCUUGUGUCUACCUGCUUGUAAAUCUCUCAACAAUUCCCUGAAUCUGAUCUAACUGCAAACGGGACUGUGUAUGUGUACAUAUAUAUAAAUAUAUAUUUUUAGUAACUGCUGAAUAACUUCACACUACUUCCUGGACUGCAUUCUGUGAUUGCUACCUGGGUGUGAGAGCGACUCGGUACCAUCCCCAGGCUCUCCCCGCCACUUUCUCAUGGGUAUUACCCUGGGUGAAGUAGAAGUAGCAAAAAUCAAUUAGCCUGCAUCAGGUGCAGGUUGUCCACACAUUUGUAACGUGGACUGUUUCUUGGUUUUUUUUUUUUUUUUGAGUCUCCCUUGACCAGAGAGAAACUUUCUAUUGUAAAUACACUAAAUACUCUGAAUUAAAAUUUGUAUUUUUA